AUGGGUAUAAAUUUAUCAAAAUCUUCAUUAACAAAUACUGAAUAUUUAUUAACACUUUCAUCAACAAAUAAUUUUUAUCGAAAACAUUCAAUAAUUCAAGGUGAAUUUUAUUUGAAUGCUCGAAGAAAAUUAUGUAUUGAAAAAAAGAUUCGUGUUGAUUUAAUUGGUCAAUUAAUUGAACAUAAUAAGCCUUCAUUAGAUACAAAAAAAAGUUCAUCACUAAUUUCUACAAAUGAAAUUUUUUUUACAUAUUCAUUUCCACUUGUUACAUCACAUCAAAAUGGUAUUGCAAGAAUAAUAAAACAACAACAAAUUACAUUUCCAUUUCGUAUUCCACUUGGCAUAAAUUUACCACCAUCAUGUGAAUUUAAAGAAUUUUCUAUUGUAUAUUAUCUUGAUAUUUAUCAUGAUGGACGAUUAUUACCAAAUAUGAGAAAAAAAAUUAUCUUAGCACCACCAACACCUCAUAUUAACAUUCCUUUACCUUGUAAAGUAACAGAUCUGAAUAAUCUAACAAUGAUAUGUAGUUUACAAAAAUCAUUUUAUUCUGGUCGUGAUGGUUCUAUUGUUCCAUUAUUUAUUUCAAUAAAAAAUUUCAAACAAAAUCAAAUUCAAACGAUAACAGUUCAAUUAAUACAAACUAUUUCAUUAAAUGGAAAAAAACAUGAAAAUGAAAUAUUUACAAGUAAUUUGAAUGAAAUCAAUGAAAAUAUACAAGAAAAUCAAAUAGAUACAAUAUUUGAAUUAAAUUUACCAACAGAUUUACCACCAACUCAUAUUCCAAAUGAUAAUUGUCAACCUGAUAAUGUUCCAUCUGUUGCUAUUACAUAUGAAUUUCGUAUACAAGGUCAAAUCAAUGAUGAAAUCAUUUCUAAUCUACAUUUAUCUGUACCGAUUGGCAUAGAAUAA